AUGCAAACUUGGAAGUACCUCUCCUGUGUUUUGUUCCUGCUUCCACGUUUGGCAAGUGACUGUCACACAAGUUCCAGGAGGAUAAUGGACCCUAAGGUGCGAGAGAGUGAAGGAUUUGGAGAGGACAAUUCAGGGAAGAAAAAAUCGAAGUUCAUAUCUUUCAAGAAGUUCUUUGGUAAAAAGAAAAGGAAAGAGACGUUGUCACCUACCGGGAACAGCAGCCUGAAGCUCUUCCAGUCCACAGGAGACGUCGCAGCCUCACAAGGGACWCACGUUGGUUACGAUUCUGAAGAUGAACUCGAGACCCACAAAGGCAUUAUGGGGAGCAGAGCUUUGUCACACGACAGCAUUUUCAUCCCCGAGACAGGGCAGGAGCCCGCCAGGCCAGUGAGAGUCUUUUCUCAGGAGAACGUCUCUGAUCGAAUCAGAGCUUUACAGCUGAAACUACAGCACAACAUGAAAUUGGGGCCUCCACCUCCAUUUGGGCUUCAUGGAAAGCGCUCAGAGGAUGCUGGCACCAGCUCUGAAGACGACGGAUUACCCAGGAGUCCCCCAGAAACAUCUUUGCUCCAUGAAAUCCUGAAUUCAGGCACAACAGGAGUGAGUAGUUCUGGUACUGAUUUCUCUGACUCUCACAAGCACCUUAGCUCUUUGAGUUUAGCUGGAACAGGCAGUGAAGAAGAAGAACAGGUCACGCUGGGUCCGUCUAGACCGCAAUCUGCGGCCGGGCAGCGGAUCCCUAGGCAUGGAAGUGCUAAAACUGGAGGUCCAAGGUUCUCUGACAGCAGCAUCUCGCCCACUGCUGAUUUUGAUGCUCCACCUGAGCUCUCCUCUUGCUUGGAUAAUUCUGCUGCUAAACAUAAACUUUUAAUAAAACCCCGGAAACAGAGAUCCAGUAAAAUGAGAAGAUUUCCUCAGAGGACCCGGUCUGAAUCUCUGACUGAUUUGAGCUGUACCCCAGAGGAAGAGGAGGAGGAUGACAGAGAGGYGCAGACAGAGCCUCCAGAUGCUCUGCUGAAAAGGAGGCAGCAAGAGCUGCCGUGCGGCACAGCUGCAGCGCAGGAUGCGGCUCCCUGGCACCAGCCCAGGAUGCCCCAGGACCUUCCCGCUGCUUUGAGCGCAGCAGUGACUCACCCCGCGCCCGAGGCUGCCGUGGUGCAGGAAGCCCUGCUGCCAGAGAAUGAACCCGAGGGCUGCCAACCAACACAGGAAACUGUCUGCACGAAGCCUGAUUCCCCAUUGCUGCUGGGAGGGGAAGGCCAGGCAACUUCUCCCUGCUCCGGUCUAGACGGAGAAAUACAAGAGCGGAAAGAUCCCGCGGAAACACUGGCUGUGUUGUCUGCGGAUAAGUGUGAUGUGUCAGUUGAUACUUUAGAUCAAGAGCAUAAGGAGCUCUCUACUGUACCUGCAGUAUGCAAAGCAGCAUCUGAAGAGGAUAUUUCACUUAAUAAACAUAAUCUUGUUUGUUUGGACAGUUCAGAAGAAAGUAAACAGGAAGAUCAGACACAUGUGGAAGUGCCCUGUAAUAAUGUGGAAGCAUCCUGUAAUAAAGAAGCAAAGAAAGAGGUUGCUGUGUUGUCAGAACCUACCCGGCAGUUUCCCAUAGGUUCUUCCCGGCACAUGGACUCAUUUGCUGUCCCUUCCCACGUUCCACAUCCUACUUCUUCAAUGGAGGUGGGAUCAUCUGCUUCCUGGGAUCUAGAGAAAACAAAGAAUACACAAGAGGCAGUGCCUUCUGAUAAGAACUGUCAGUUAUUGGUCCACAAGGAGGAAGUUUUGGGGAAGAAGGCAGAAAAAGCAGUCCAUGAACUCAAUGCAUUGAGAAGGUUUUCUGUGUCCUCUGCACGAGAAAGGCCAGGGACCAGAAGCCUGCACUUCCCAGAAAGCUCAGCAGGUGAAAAUCCAUUGAACACCAGAUUCUUCCUGUCCAAAGCAAAAACAUCCCUGAGAAAUGAGAUGUGGAAAGCAGAUUUGCAGGUGGUGUCAGAUGCGGAGGAGAGGAAAAGCGGCAACAAAGAUCAGCCUUUGGUGCCGGAGGGCAGCGGUGAGAGCACAGGCCCAUGUGYGGAAACGCUGGCUGGCUCUGUCUCCCAGGCUCUUGGUGCAGGCCCAGKCUCCAGUGAUUCCUCUGUGGUAUCGCAGAGUCAGCCCAACUGCGAAGAUAAAAGUCCUUUUCAAGUAAAACUUAGAUCCACCUCACUCUCCUUGAAAUUUGGAGACAGCUCUUCACACGAAUCAAAAGGGAUUAAAAUAUACAGUGAAGAGAUUAAUUUGGAAAAUGAAGCAUUGACUUUGUUUCCCAAAGGUGAAAGGGCACAGAUCAAAAAGACGGAUGAUGCAAAUAUUGGUGGUUCUUUGAAUGAUAACAUCAAAUCCAAAGCAAAGUCCUCGGAUCAGAUGAGCGGCAAACCUCCACUGCCCAAGAAGCCUGUCCUGCARAACGUAACUGUUCCAAAUACCAGUGCAAGCAGGGAGAGACAGGACAAAGUCACUCAGUCUCCUGAAUCCAGAAAUGAAGACAGAGACUUGGAGAAAAAGUCAAGUCCUGGUAAAGUGCCUGAGCAAAGCCUGCCUUCCCCGGGGACUACUGGAGACUCCGACGUUCCCGCAGAGCCGGCCUGGAUUUCCAUCGCCCGGCAAAAGCAGAGAGGCCCGCACCAGGAGCCGGAGCCGAACAGAGGAAAACCAGYGCUUCCAGAUGUGAAGUCAGAUAAAGAAAAGCACAACAAGGAGAAGGAGAGGACGGAGGGACUGGGGAGGCAGCCCUGGAGCCAACCUUCACACGUGGCACCUAAAACCUGCUCCGAAGAACUGAGGAAAGAGACAAAGUCUGAAGUGAAAGAGCUGCUGCUGAGGAGCAACUCGCUGUCUCAUCCUGUCCCUGCAGCUCCGGCGGAUAAGGAGGAAAGGAGCCACGUGAGGAAAGCCGGCGCGGCCGCUGCAGCGCAGCCCUCCUGGAUGGAGCUCGCCAAAAAGAAGGCGCAAGCGUGGAGCGACAUGCCCCAGAUCAUCAAAUAGAAGAGUCUGCCCGGGCGAAGAGCAGCUUCCCUAASUGCGCCAGCCCCUCGGUUUGCACCUCUGCAGACCAGCUCGGCCCAGAGCAGAGCCUCUGGCGCGGGCGAAGGGUUGUAGUGCCCAGCUGUGCAGAGAGUGUGCAAUAGGUGCAGCCACCAAGUUUACCUUCAACUUCGUAGCAAUCAGGAUUGCCACGGCAAUGCAUUACUUAAAUGAUGCUAAGGCCAGAGACUUUGCAAAAUAAAAAUUCUGCU